ACGACGGCGCAACAUUAAAGCAUACGUAUGUACUUUUUUUAGGUGAUCAUGGUGAUGGCCAACCAUUCGAUGGCGCAGGGGGUGAAUUAGCGCAUGCGUCAGCUUCCGAAAAGAAAAUCCACUUUGAUGAUGAUGAAGAUUGGUUGUAUUAUCAAGUCCACAGCUCAGACUUUAGACAGACUGGAAAGAUGCCUGAUUUUGUUCAAACCAUCAUUCACGAAAUGGGUCAUGUCCUUGGCUUGUCACACACCAAAACUAAAGAAUCAGUCAUGUUUCCUACUAUCUAUGCUGGACCAGCUGGAUCACAUUAUGCAUUACAUCAAGAAGACAUUUCUCGUGUCCAGGCUAUAUAUGGUAUGCUUUUUUUUUUCUACAUACCUUCUUCUGUUUUUUUCUUGACUUCGAUAUUAACUAGAAAUGUGUUUUUCAGGAAAGUGUUGGCCAGACAAGAUCGAUGCAGUGUUCAGUAAUUUUCGAGGUGAUGGAAAAACUUAUCUUUUCGUUGGUCCGUAUAUUUACCAGUUCAAUGACGCAAAAGUACAAGUGGAGGCAUCGUUUCCACGUGCAUCGUAUCACUUCUUUGGAACUGGUUUUGAGCUAUUUGAUGAUAUCUUUCAUAACACAGAUGGAAUGCUAUAUUAUUUGUGGGUAAGUAGAAAUAUGUUUUUGCACACAACAUAACAUACAUACCUUAUAAAAGGGUUUGCAGUUAUAUACCAAUUUUUUUCUUUUAAUUUAGAACGGAUGGUAUUACUACGAUUACGGUAACAUAUCAGCCAUGAAAUAUCGAGUCGGAAAAUCUCCCAAAACUGGAACAGUUGGUUGGCCCGGACUACAAGAAGAUACGAUUGAUGCAGGAUUUCUACAUUUGGAUGGCAAAGUGUAUUUAUUUA